AUGAACGUCUCGGAAUAUUCGUUUUAUGAGAAUAUCAGCGACGAAUUGAAAUAUUUGGAAAAAGUACGCGGCCCUAAGUAUUUACCGCUAACGCUGAUAGUGCCUAUCACUCUCACGUACGUCGUCAUCUUUGUAACCGGAUUUGUUGGCAAUAUUAUCACUUGCAUCGUUAUCUGGAGAAAUCCGACCAUGCAGACACCGACGAAUUAUUACCUGUUCAAUUUGGCGGUAUCCGAUUUGCUGUUUCUAAUACUGGGUUUACCUUUUGAAUUGAGCGUAUUUUGGCAACAAUAUCCAUGGCAAUGGGGAUUAGGAAUAUGCAAACUAAGAGCGUACGUCUCUGAAACGUCCUCUUACGUGUCAAUAUUAACUAUAGUGGCAUUCUCAAUAGAAAGAUAUUUGGCAAUUUAUCAUCCUCUUCGUCAUUAUCAGAGCGGUCUGAAACGUGCUAUACGAUCUAUCUUUGGUGCAUGGCUGAUAGCUUUAAUUUUUGCUAUACCGUUCGCAGCUUACAUCGAUAUCAAUUACAUUGAAUAUCCACAAAACUCCAAACGAAAUUCAGAGGAGUCCGCGAUUUGUGCGAUGCUGAAAGAAAACAUGCCCGAAUUUCCUCUUUAUCAACUUAGCUGCAUUCUCUUUUUCCUCAUACCAAUGGUGUUUAUCGCGGUGCUUUAUAUUCGGAUAGGAUUACGAAUACAAAGUGACAGCCUUGCGGAGAAUGUCGAGGGAUACGUUCAUGGGGAAACGAAACAAGUCCAGUCACGAAAAACCAUCACACGAAUGCUGACCACAUAUAUCUUUGCCGUGCGAGUAAAUGAGAAACCAACUGAUUUAACCAUGACGACAGACAUUAUUCCACAUAGAUUAUUAUAUCCUAUCAAGGAACGUGUUUUAGAAAUUGAUGAGGAAACUGACGUUUGA